GCAAGAUCUGACACUGAUUAUUUGGUCACCGCUUGUUCUGUUCUCUCAAUACUUAUAGUAAAAAUAAAAUAAAUAAUAUUUUACACAUUUGUAUGACCCGUUGAGGUAGGAUCCAGUGUGGGUCCUAGUUCAGACUUCAUGCACUCUAGCCCAUGAGUGGUUCUGAUAGUGGUGAGGAGGGGGAACAGCUAGUCAGUCACUUGAGGAUAACCCGGAGAACUGCACGCAGCCUACCGUUAACCUUUCUUAGCUUAGGCCGAGGGGAGGAACGGAGGCAACGUUGGGAAGCCAGAGAACGGCAGGCAGCGAGAAGGGCAGCAGACGCAGCCGCUAGUGCGGCAUUUGCACAGGAGAUGGCACAAGCUAGAGACCGUGCAACCGCAGAGGUUGCAAUGUCAGCCCCAGCUGCUGCCGGAGGUCAGGGCACCUCAUCAGGGCAGGCACAGGGAAGUCCUCAGAGUUCUGGUAGCCCGGCUGCUGGACAGCAGAUCGUCCCGCAGCAACCACUCACACCGGAGGAUCUUGAGAUCCAAGAAGCGGACGCUCUUCACGCGAGGUUAGAGGAGGAGUUGAGAGAAGCAGCGGAGAGAAGACAAAGAGCUAGAGAUAGAAAAGCCAGAUUAGAGAGUAGAGCUAGGGAGUUGAGUGAGCUAGAGGGACUAGAUGAAGUGCAAUGGGAUCCUGCUUUGAAGUCGAUGCGUUGCUCGCUAUUAUGCGUUGCAGAAGCGCAGCAGACACAACAGGAUGUGUUGAAUGAUCUGGUGGCAGGCCAGCAGCAGAUACUGGAUGCCUUGCGGGGGCUUCGUAUGAGGCCUCAGCAACCCCGGCCUUUUGUCUCUCCCCCUCGAGGUGCAGGACCAUCGAUGUCGCUGCCACCUGCGGGGCAGUUCUCUUCUCCCAUGUUUGGCAUGCCUCCCACAGGCGGUGUACCAAUAGUUGGUGGUCAGGUCCAUAGAGUUUCUCCCGUACCGUCGACGACAGUGGUGACUGCAGUACCGUUGUCCGGACCACAGGUUAGUGUACAGCCGCCUGUGUCUGGGGUGACACAGCCCCAGCCGGUACCUGUAGUCCAGCAAAUGCAAUGGAUCCCAAAGAUUCCCAUGUUGAGUCCCAAGCCUUUCUCAGGCGAUAAAAAGCAGGAGGAGGACAUCGACGUGUGGGUGAGGACGGUGCCUACAUAUGUCAGGCACAAGCUCACAAGAAAGGAAGAGGAAGUCAUCGUUGCUCCGUCCUUUUUAGAGGGAUCAGCAGCAAAGUGGUUAGGAGGAUUAGUACAGCAAGCAGGUUACAAUCAGGACUUCGAUGGCUGGGCUCAGUCUCUGUCAUUGGAAGAAUUCGUGCGGACUGUGUACAACAGGUGGCGAGACCCGCAAGGGGCUCAGAAGGCCACAGACGCGAUCAACAACCUGACAGCCAAGCGCUACAGGAAUGUUCGUGAAGUCACAGACCUCGUGGAGAAACUGAUUGUGAUACCUGGCGUGCAGUAUAAUCCACACGUACUCCUCACAGACUAUCUGAGAUGUCUGCCUACAGACGUCCGGAACAAACUGGUGGAUGAGGCCUACAUAGACCAACAUGACUUUGCCUCUUUCAGUAAGAAGGCCUUAAACUUAGAGGCUAAAUUGGGAUCCGCACAGCAAACGCCAAUAGAUGGUAGGAAAAAGAAACUGCCCCAAGACUGGAAAAAGAAAGGUCAACUCAUGUUUGUUGACCACGACGGUCAAGCCACUGAGAUUGACGACUUCCCAGACCUUGGGGAGGACACAGAGCAUGACGGGGUUAGUGAGACUUCGGAUGGGGGAAUCGUAACACCGAUCAAGGAAAAGACUAAGAGGACCGGGAAGAAGAAGGUAGGACGGUCCACGGGUCAAGGCGACCAAGGGACCCCUGCAUGGGUCAAACUUGGUUUAGAUUAUGAGGUGUGGAGGGACCGAGUUGCACGAGGCACGUGUAUGAACUGUGGCAACUUUGGCCACACUAAUAGAACGUGUAAAGGCAAGAAGGUUACUGCGAAGGUGGCCAACCCAACUGUGGUGGGCUUAUCUUCGAACCUUGGGAGUACGUCUGCGAGUAGCUCCCAGGGAAACACCUCAGGCCAAUAGGAGUUUUAGCCGCUCUUACUCGC